AUGGGCUCUCCCUUGUCGCCAAUGUCUCACACCAUUACAAGUGUUUUUUCAGCUUGUGGGCAGUUGAGGAAUGUUAUUUUGGGAGAACAAAUUCAUGGGUAUGUGAUGAAGAUAAGCAGUUAUGUUGAGAAUGAUGUUUUUGUUGGGAGUGUUGUUGUUGAUAUGUAUGGUAAGUGUGGUUUUGAAGAGCUUGCGAGGUUUGUUUUUGAUUCAAUAGUGGACAAGUGCGUUGUAGUUUGGACGGCACUGAUUGCAAGCUAUGUCUGUAAUGAGUGCCCUUCCCCAGCUAUUGAAGUUUUCCGGGAGAUGAUUUAUGAGGGCAUGGAGCCAAAUUGUGUUACUCUAUCUUCUCUAAUUUCAGCUUGUUCCCAAAUCCCAGACUUGAUGUUGGGUAAGGAAAUUCAUGGCUUCAUUACUAGGAGAAGAGCAGCAACAACUCCAGAUGUUUUCAUUUCAACAUCCUUGAUAGAUAUGUAUGGUAAAUGCAAUUACAUGGUGUAUGGUCAUCGGAUAUUUGAGAAGGAUAAAACAUACCCAAGAUGUAACACAACAGCUUUGUGGAAUGCAACAAUUGCUGGGUAUAUGGAGAAUAAUUUUGUUAGUGAUGCUUGGGAUGUGUUUAGAUCUAUAACUCAUGGUGAAGGGAUUAAUCCCAAUACUGUUACCAUGUCCAUUGUUCUUCCUUUGUGUGCUAGAUCUUCCCAGCUCCUCUCUGGUAAGGAAAUUCACUGCUAUGCUCUUAGAAAUGGUUUGGAUCAAGAAAUCUUUGUAAGUAAUGGCCUAAUAGACAUGUAUUCCAAAUGUGGAAAGCUUAAGCUGGCGGAAAAUCAAUUUAAUAGAAUGAUGAAUGAAAAAAACAGGAUUUCAUGGACCUCCAUGAUUGAUGGGCACGGGAUACAUGGAGAUGGAGAAGGUGCAAUUAGAGUUUUUGAAAGCAUGGUAAGGGAAGAAGUCAAGCCGGAUCAUAUCACAUUUGUGGCUCUCAUCUCUGCUUGUAGUCAUGCAGGCCUCUUGGAACAAGGUCUUAGAUACUUCGAAGAAAUGAGUAGAGAGUAUGGAAUUGUACCCGUGGAGGAGAAUUAUGGGACUGUUGUUGAUUUGCUUGCACGAGCUGGGCGCUUCAAAGAAGCCAGGGAUCUAAUGGAACGAAUGCCUAUAAAGCCUGGUGCAAACGUUUGGGGGGCAUUGCUUGGUGCCUGUAGGAUCCAUGGAAAUGUCAAGGAGGCUGAGCUUGCCGCUCAUUGUCUGCAAAAACUUGAACCAAAAGAUAGUGGUUUUCAAAAAUUGUUAGCCAGUAUAUAUCUAGAGGCUGGGAGGCGAGAAAAUGCAGAAGAUUUAAGGAGUCAAAUGAGAGAAAUGGGCAUGGAAAAAAGACAAGGAUUCAGCUGGUUGGAGACUAAGGAAGAAAUUUAUGAAUCCAUUGACAGCGAUAAGCACAUUCCUGAUACAGCAGAGACUUGGAGUCCUGAACAACUAGAGAUUUCAGAUUAA